AUGCCUGGGUUUACCCCUAUUAACAGCCCAGCUGCUCAACCUCUAGCAGCUGAGUCGUCUCCCUCUCGGUUACCCUCCGCUGCUGCUUCGCCUCAUACUAUACCGGACUGUGUGACGCCAGAGAAAUCAUCAAAACGUACGCGCAAAUCUCCCACUCACGACAAGGAGCUUCUGAACUUGACCAGAGCGAUCCAAAAGCUCAAGAUACAAAUCAUGACUGCAGGUGGUCAUGUCAAGGUGCCACCAGGACUUUCAGAUGACAAUAGCAUGAUCGUCAACAUCCGCAAGAACGGUCUUCCCAAAGUCCAGUCAAGACAGGGCACGGAUUACGAUGACGAUGAGCUGGAUUUUGUGAUCUGUGCUGCAGGGUGGGUGAAGGGAGCCAAAUCAAAUUGGCAACACGAGGUCACGGCUGCAUGUGUCGGCCGCACUUGUCAGGCAGUGCGUGUGGCGGUUCUUAAAAUGAGAAAGAGAGAAGCCGCAAAACGCGCUGCGGAACGGGUUCUGGAGGCUACUCGAAACCGUGAUUCUAUGGAAGACGACGAGGUCGCCACCACCUCUCAAACCACUCCUUCGAUGACAGAUCGUCAGCUGGAGUCCUCCCAGAGCAGCAGUAUUGUGAACUCUGACAGACAGCCAAAGACCCCAAAUCCUCGUGUCCCGAGUCGAGACCGUUCUUCUGCGCCUACAUCUCUGGGCCCAUUCCUGAAUUUCGCUGAUCAGAGGUCUGCUCGUGAGACGACUAGGUCUCGAAGCGAGGUCUUGGUCGAAUCUAUUUCAGACGAGGACGAUUUCUUUGUCGAACACCAAAAGUCAAUAAUAGGUCCAUGGCACGGCUCGGGUUUCGAGCCUGGUGCAGACGACGUGUGUCCUAACCCUGAGCUCAGAAGAAUGUAUCAGAUCAGGGAUGAGAUGACGAGAAGUGGAGACCCAAAGUGGGCAGACGAUAGGAACCAAGGUGUAGCAUGGGCAGACGAACCCAAACAGCUGUUGGAGCAAGUCAGGUCUCCUAAAUACACAACUGGACUCUACAUGCUGGCCGAUGUUGCUGAGUUUGUCUCUUUUGACUCUUGUAAUGCGCCAUCGGCCCUUGGACUACCUGCAGGCAAUGAUCAAGGUGGCAGCAGUACCGAGCGACAACAACUGCCAUCAUCGUCAGAUGUCAUAGCUUUCCAGCCAAUGGUCAAUGAAGAGUGA